UGAUACUAUAAUCUAUAUUCUGUGUCCAACUAUGGCAGGGUUCUAAAUGAUUUUGACAUGUUUUACUGUUUUUUUGGUGUUUUCAUGGCUUGUGGGACUUUCUCUGUCUUACGCUCUGUCAUUGACAAAAACUUUGCUGUAUGUCUUGUAACUUCUCAAACUUCAUCAUCUCUGUUGAACGAAUCAAACAAUUCAUGCAGAUGCCACAAGAGCCUCCAAAAAUAUUGGAGGAUGAAAGGCCACCAUCUUCAUGGCCUUCUAAUGGCAGGAUAGAGUUUAAAGCUUUGAAGGUUAAAUAUCGUCCAAAUGCUUCAUUACUUCUGAAUGGAAUCACUAGUACUUUCAAAGAAGGGACUAGAGUAGGAGUUAUAGGAAUGACUGGGAGCAGAAAAACAACCCUUUUAAGUGCAUUGCUUUCGUUUGGUAGAGCCUACAAGUGGUGAAAUUCUUAUAGAUGGACUUAACAUAUGCUUAAUAGGCCUGAAUGAAUUAAGAAUGAAGCUAAGCAUCAUCCCUCAAGAACCAAUUCUUCUCAGGGGUAGUGUUCGAACCAACUUGGAUCCACUAGACCAAUUCUCCGACAAUGAGAUAUGGAAGGCAUUGAAGAUAUGUGUCUACUCAAUGAGGCUAUUAGUGGAUUACCAUAUCUACUGGACUCAUCAGUGAGUAAUGAAGGUGAAAAUUGGAGCAUGGGACAAUGCCAAUUAUUUUGCCUUGGAAGGUUUCUUCUAAAAAGGAAUAGAAUUUUAGUUGUAGAUUCCAUUGAUUCUGCAACAGAUGCCAUUUUACAAAGGGUCCUCAGGCAUGAAUUCUCUGAAUGCACAGUUAUAAAUGUGGCUCACAGAGUUCCAACUGUAAUAGACAGUGACAUGGUCAUGGUCCUGUCUUAUGUUAAGCUUCUUUUUCUUUUGUACAUAGCAGGACACUUAAAACUCUCCCCUAUUUCCCCCAAAUAGUUAUGGUAAAUAGUUAUGGUAAUGUUGUAAAAAAAAUGUAGAAAAGUCAAACCAUUUUUUUAUAUUCUUGAAAUUGGUUUGUUUGGUUAUAAGUUUUAACCCUCUUGUUGGUAUAAGUUAACAGUAAAAAAUGUUUGAUUCAUACCAUUGAGUUUUAUAUUAUGAUUGUAGGUAAACUGUUGGAGUAUGAUGAACCAUCAAAACUUAUGGAGGCCAAAUCUUCUUCAUUGUCCAACCUUUGUAGCUGAAUACUGUUCCAGCUGCAGCAGGAACUCCUUAUGAAGAACUUUAGGACUUUGUCUACUAAGGCCCCCACCCCUCCCCUUUUCUUUUUUGCAUUAUAUGCAAGCCUGCCUUUAUAGUUGCGUUGCUUUUAUCUGUUAUCAUUGAUUGAGACAAGAGAAAUACGAUGUUUAUAACGUAAUGAAAAUUCAA